AACCAAUCUCUCUAUUUAUGCCAUAACUUCAAAAAAUCAACCAAUUCAUCAAAUUUCUGUCAUGUUUGGACAAGAGAAAAGGUAUGACCAUAUCUUGUUUCUUCGGAUCCACCAGAAAAGUCAAUGAUUCUUUAAGCAUCACCCAUUAUCUGUCAGCGCUAACAUAUGUUUUAAAUUUGCACACGGCAGGACUCUAUGUUAUGUGGCUAUCUAUCUUCGUUUUAUUAGAUAAUUGCCAGUAACACUCUUUGUUUUAUGCUAAAUAUGUAGAGAUCUAUAGAUAAUUAUAUACAUUCGGCCAUUCAAAUGAUCUAUACCAAUCUCUUUUUUCCUUAUUCUGAAUACGUGCAACCAUAUCUAUCAUCAUUUUGACUUAUCCAUUAUGUCACAGAUGGCAUUUUUCGAGAGAAAAAAACAGACAUACAUGUAGAUUCGAAAAAACAUGCGUAGAGCCUCCUAAGGAGUUGUUGUCAUGAUGUCCCUCUUCAUCUUCUGCAAUAUUUGUAUGUAUUUAUAUUUCAUAAAUUCUCUUUAGCCUCUGACUCCAACACAACAAGUUUUACGAAUUGAGAAACCAAAAGGCAAAAACAAAACGGACUAGUCUAGGUUUUCAGCCUUGGUUAUCUCAAAGAAAAUUUUAUUUUUUUAAAAACUCUCUUUCUAUACAAAAUCACAAUGCAUCAAACACUCGCUUCACAAUUCUCAACCCGAGACCAAGUCACCGACUUCGUCGUCUACAAAGGUAACGGUGUUAAAGGCUUGUCUGAAACCGGAAUCAAUAUUCUUCCCGACCAAUACAUUCAGCCAUUCGAAGAACGACUGAUCAACUUUCACGUAAAUGACAGAACAGAAGAAUCCAUACCGGUCAUCGACAUGUCGAAUUCAGAUGAGAAGAGUGUCUCAAAGGCCGUAUGUGAUGCUGCGGAAGAAUGGGGUUUCUUUCAGGUGAUCAACCAUGGCGUUUCGAUGGAAGUUAUUGAAAAUAUGAAAGCAGCUACGCAUAGAUUCUUUAGUUUACCGGUGGAAGAGAAAAGGAAGUUAUCAAGAGAGAAAUCUUUGUCAACAAAUGUGAGAUACGGGACGAGUUUUAGUCCUCAUGCUGAGAAAGCUCUCGAGUGGAAAGAUUAUCUCAGCCUAUUAUAUGUAUCUGAAGCUGAAGCAUCACAACUUUGGCCUGACGCUUGCAGGCACGCAACUCUCGAGUACAUGAACGAGUCUAAACCGCUAGUGAAGAAGCUCUUACAGUUUCUAGGGGAGAAUCUAAACGUGAAAGAGCUAGACAAGACGAAAGAGUCACUCUUCAUGGGUUCAACACGUAUCAACCUCAACUAUUACCCGACUUGUCCUAAUCCAGACCUCACGGUAGGAGUUGGACGUCACUCUGACGUCUCCACGCUCACAAUCCUCUUACAAGACCAGAUAGGUGGUCUCCACGUUCGUUCCCUCACCACGGGCACGGAUAGAUGGGUUAACGUGCCUCCCAUCUCCGGAUCUCUAGUCAUCAACAUCGGAGACGCAAUGCAAAUCAUGAGUAACGGUCGUUACAAAAGUGUUGAGCAUCGUGUCUUAGCCAACGGUACUAAUAACAGAAUCUCUGUUCCUAUUUUCGUGAACCCGAAACCAGAGUCAUUGAUCGGUCCUCUUCUUGAAGUGAUCGCUAAUGGAGAGAAACCGGUUUAUAGAGAUGUUCUUUAUACCGAUUACGUCAAACAUUUCUUCAGAAAAGGUCACGACAGGAAGAAAACCAUUGAUUUCGCCAACAUUUAAUUUUUGAGUCAUCCAAACAAGUUCUUGUAUCACUAAAAGAUUCUUGUUAAUUUGGUGUG